AUGCCUCCAUCCUUAUCAGGCAAUCCCCUCGCGCCAGGCACGAGGGGAUUGCCUGAGUCUCAGUCUUGGCGACACUUGCUUACUGCGGCUAGCGCAAGACGCCACCGCGCCAUCACACAUCCCCCAACCCCGACAAUACCUCCCCGCACCCCCUACACCUCCAUCUGUCCAGCCUGGGGUGGCGAGGAACUAAUAGAGGUGAGAGUGGGAAUCGAUGCUAUUCUCUUGCCUUGUCCGGCACGCAGACACACCAGCAAGCCAGCGAGCAAGCAGGCACGCAGCACCUCCAGAUUGCUGGUGAUUUCAACGGUCAAGAAAUCGCAAUCAGAGUGGAAGGAAAUACUGCUAGUUGGCUUCGCGAGUGUCGCCCUGCGCCAGGCAGCGGCGGACGGAGGAGCAGAGAGCUUAUCCUUCCACGGAUUUCUCCCCAUAGAAUAUAUCAGAUCCAAACAGCCCCGUGGCGACAACCAGCCCAACGACGUGUACCUCCAUCUGCAGCCCAGACCCUUCCUGCAAAACGACGAGGACGUGUACUACCCUCCCACCCUCAUCGGCUUCGGGCUUGAGCACGGCCAGGACCCUGAAGAACGCGUCUACAAGGUCUACUCCAAGAAAGAGGUCGAAGAUCUGAGGAGUAAGCAGCUGAGCAAGCACGGCAAGCACGACAAGGGAGGCAAAGGAGACCACGGCAAGGCCAUCCGCAGCAAACCUCUACCCCCACCCCCAUCCCCCCAUAGCCCACAGCAGCCUUCCCUCCCCCACCCUCCUCCCCUUCCUCUCCACCACCUCCACCACCACAGCAGUCAAGAGAGGUUCCCCGCCCCUUCAUCUGAACACCACAGCUCUUACCCCAACGCUCCCCCUCCCCCACCCCAGUACCACCCUAAGCCAGCCUUUCCCCCAGCGCUCCCUCACCGCGGGUAAGCCUCAAUCGCAUCUUUCUCCAUUGUAAGUACUUCCUGUGGCUUCAUCCUUCCUGACGUCCCUGCCUCGCUCUUCUCAUCGCGCCACAAAUCGCCCUUCCUUUAAAGCCAUUUUAGGGACUUCCGCCACAAUCAGACCGCCAUGCACCGCCUCGCUAGUGGUCCCAAAGCCAUGAUAAUGCCGCGACUUUCAUUCUACCUCUUCUUCCAAACGUCCUCUCUUGUAACCCUACACGGUGUCAUGACUGUUGUUGUGAUGCCUUAACUCCCUUUCAAUUCAUCCUCCUCCCUCCCAUGUAUCAAAUCAUCGUCCUCGCUUCCUUUACCUUCGUGUUCUACCUCCGGGAGUCACCGAGUCACAGCCACAUUGCUUUCACUCCUCUCUCAUCGCUAGUAAGGUCUUCAUCCUCUCUUCAUGGGGAGGAUACACACAGACCUUCACGUUUCCUCGGUCACGCAGCACGAAUGUAGGAUGCUCAAACUUCUGUGCUUGCCUCCAUCUGAGACACCCUCGAGCCGAGAGAGAGUCAGGCUGCACCAGAAUCCUGUCGCUCACGUGCGUCGCGGAGAAAGUCAGUCUCUUUGCAGCUCUUAGCAUCCCAGAGUGGAGUUUUCUAAGUACUGUUUGAGUUUGUAUCUCCUUGCGUGCUGAGACCGAACACUUGCCUUCAUUAUCUCAUCAUCAUCGCAUUGUUCCGUCUUUUUCACUCAUCCUUGUCCAGAGGGUAGCAUCCCACGGCUCAGCUCAUCCUAAAUGGGAAUAUUCCUGCAUGCAGAUCCUUCACCACCAUACAACAACAAUGACGUCAACUGUAUUGAGCUCUCUAGCAAAACCCGCCUUGAGAUGCUACCCAACUUGACUACAAUGCUAAUAGUGACAUUAUAGAUCGGCAUGUGACCCGCUGACUCUCCGAGUGGUUUGUUUCUCCAGCAGCAUUAUCAUCGCUUUAUCAUUACCCCCGUUACGUGUGGCCUCCCACCUUCCAUCUCCUCCCCCCGUGUCUCCUCCCUUGCUCCUCCCCACUGGCUGAAUGAUAAGGCAUUGCAUUGGGCAUUCUUUGCUCUACUUGUGAUAUUACAUUUACGUAUUUAUGUAUAUCUGUAUAACUGUAUGGUUGUACAUAAGUUGAGUAUGUUGUAAUUUAUGUAUCAUUUGAUGUGAUACGCAUUAUAUAAAAAAAGGGCCCUAAAAAAACAAAAGAAUGUAUGAUGAUAUGUAUAAUGUCGUGAAAAAUCUUCCGGCAUAAAAGUCUCGAAAAUGUUCUAUAAAAAAGCUGUCUUUGUUUACAAUUAUUAUAUUUUUCUUGAAGAA